AUGUUUCUGUCUCUGCCCACACUGACUGUUCUUGUCCCUCUGAUCUCUUUGGUUGGACUGUUUUACUCUGCUUCUGUAGAUGAAAAUUUUCCCCAUGGUUGCACCAGCACAAGCAGCCUGUGCUUUUAUAGUCUCCUCCUACCAGUCACCAUCCCAGUUUAUGUGUUCUUCCACCUCUGGACUUGGAUGGGUAUUAAACUCUUUAGACACAAUUAAUGCAACCAGAGGCCACCCUGAGAGACUUCACGUAGUGAGGCUGUGAGAUUUACAUUUAAACAAAAAUGAUUUCUGAAUUUUAGUCCACUUAAGUCUUAGAAGACUGGAAUGAUCUCAUUUUCACAGGGAACUCAACCUAUCUUAGAGACUAAGGACUAAAGAAAGUUAAAAUGGGUUUCUUUUUAUCUUGCCUUCUUUUCCAUCAUUGGAGGGGGGAGGAGGGAAAUCCCGAUAUUCAUUUAAUUAAAAUGUUCCCUUGUUGGGCUUAACAGCCCUAAUUUUGAUCUGCAUAAAUGCCUGGUUUAUAGUGUUGAUUUUGGUUUUUGGAUUAUUACUGGUUAGUAGAGUUAAGGCCUUUAGGCAAUGGAAGGUAAUGAUAACAAAUAUUUUCAAAGGCACUACACCAAAUAAUUUGGUCAUUUAAAUAGUUUCAGAUAAAUUCAUUUGAACUAGUCCCAUACAGAAGCUUACAAUAAAGUGGAAAUUGGUGUCUAGCAAAAAUUUGAUUUUUUUUUAACCUUUAUUUCCAGAAAUACCAUGUGAAAAGUAAUUAUUCUAGAAUCAAUUAGUAAAUGUAUAUUGAAUGCCUACUGAGUUCCAGGCAGUGCAGGGUACUUUUCAAGGAACUUUACCUCUAAUAGAGGAAACAAGAUGUACAUAAAUAAACUUUGUUGUUCAGUCCUGUCCAA